UACAAAAUGAGAACCAUGCAUGUUAUUCUGCAGCUUAUAGCCAUACUCUGCAAUGUAGAGACAGUUGCCUCAAUCUGGGGGGAAAGCAGAAGCUCUUCAGAAAAAGCUUUCCACAGGGAAACAAGGGAAUUGAAUGUUCCAUCUCCAAUAGAUUGCAAACUGAGCAGCUGGAGCACGUGGGGGCCAUGCGACCCAUGCACCAACCAAAGGUUUCGCUCCAGACGUAUUGAAAGAUUUGGGCAGUUUGGUGGAAAAGCAUGCCUAGAAGCCCUAGGAGACACACAAACCUGUAAAACCAGCAAAGCCUGUCCUGAAGAACCAGAACCAGACUGUGGUGCUGAAUUUCAGUGCAGUUCAGGUCGAUGUAUAAAGCGAAGACUUGUGUGCAAUAUAGAUAAUGACUGUGGAGACUAUUCUGAUGAAGAUGACUGUGAAUCUGAACCACGGUCACCAUGUCGAAAGCAUGAUAUUGAUGUGUCUGAAGUUGGCAGGACUGCAGGACAUGGAAUCAAUGUUUUAGGGAUGCAACCAAUGGCCAGCCCAUUUGACAAUGACUUUUUCAAUGGUCUUUGUGAGCGGGUGCGUGAUGGGAACACACAGACAUACUACCGCAAGCCAUGGAAUGUGGCUGUUCUCACUUACGAUACAAAAGCAGACAAAACUUUCUCAUCUGUUUACUACCAUGAUCGUGUGAAAAUGUUACAAGAGGUUUACAUACAAAAACAGAAAUAUUUUAAUAUUGAUGCCUCUCUGAAAUACACACCUACUGAUGGGAGUAACAAAAAUGCUUCAGAAGGACAUUUGAAAUAUGACUACAGAAAGAAUUAUACACUUGGUUCCAUCCUGCAAAGCUACACAGAAAGGAACCAAACCUUUCUGCAUGUAAAAGGACAGAUUCAGCUGGGAAGGUUCCAAAUUCGGAGUCGUGAUGUUCGCCUCACAGAUACUUUCCUUGAUGAUUUAAAAUUUCUGCCUGCUGAAUAUGACAAGGGGGAGUAUUUCAAAUUCCUAGAAGAUUAUGGAACUCACUAUGCAGUCUCUGGAACUGUAGGAGGAAAAUAUGAACUUGUUUACGUGCUGGAUAAUUAUGCUAUGUCUCGACUAGGAAUCACUGUAGAAGAUGUGAAAAAAUGCCUUGGCUAUCACUUAGAUGCCAAUAUUGUGUAUAAAAACAUACAAGCCAAUUUUAAUGUUGAUAGUGGUAAAUGUGAAAAUAUUCAUAGGUGGGAAAAAUCAGAAGUAAAAGAUAAUGCUGUCAUUGAUGAUGUCCUUUCCUUAGUGGAGGGAGGGAAGAUUGACUUUUCAGUUAAAAUCAAAGAAAUGUUACUACGAGGAGCCAAAGCGGUUGAUGUAGAGGAUUACAUAGGGUGGGCUAAAUCUUUGGUUGAUGCCCCAGUAGUGAUACAGCAAAGGCCUUCUCCAAUACAUACACUUGUUCCAGUUAAGAUAAGAGAUGCGUAUUUAAAGAAACAAAAUUUGGAAAGAGCAAUUGAAGACUACAUUACCGAAUACAGUGUGUGCAAAUGUGAACCCUGUAAAAAUGGAGGCACCCUUGUGCUGGUAGAUGGAGUCUGUACAUGCCUGUGCUCAAGUUAUUUUAAGGGAAUUGCUUGUCAAAUUCCCAAAUCUACAUUAGUGAAAGUUGUGACUGAUGGAGGCUGGAGCUGUUGGAGUGCCUGGUCCACCUGCAACAGUGGGGAGAGCACUCGAACUCGCCAGUGUAAUAAUCCUGCACCAGGACCUGACGGCAGAACAUGCCAGGGAGAAAGCAUUGAAAAACGGCCCUGUGAAGAAGGGAAAUAGUUAGGCUCAUCAAAACCAGACGUGGAGUCCUCACUCUUGAAGCAGAAGUCUGAUAUUUAAGUCUUCUGGAAAUCACACUAUGAGUUUUGAUUCAUCCUUCACAGAAUCACACAGAGUCUCAGAAUGGGUCAGGUUGGAAGGCACCACACUGGGUCAUCUGGUCCAAUAUCCCUGCUCAAGCAGGGUCAUCCCAGAGCACAUAGCACACGAUUGUGUCCAGAUGGUUCUUCAUUACCAUUUUUUCACAUUACAGACAUAGUUGAGACACAAUAAAAUCAUUGCCUUAUUGAGCUAUGAGACUAAAACUUCUUUCAAAUUUUGACCAAAUAUAUAUGUUGUAGCUACUAUCUCCUAUCACUUCUUCACUAUUUUUCAUUUUUUUUAGAAAACAUUAAUGGAUUUCAAACCAGUUCCACAAAUCACAGUUUCUGCUGGCCAGCUAGCUACAGCAGGACAGUGUAAUGGCAUGAUUUUAAAGUACCUGCAGCUUAAAUGAUCUGUAAUCAAAAUAAAGUAAUAAAAUAUAAACAUGUUAACAGA